AUGCUCAUCCUCCUCGGCAUGCUUGUCCUCGGGGGCUAUCUCCACCACCUGUGGAGGGCCGAGGCGGCGCUCAACACGCCGUGGGAACCCGACGCCGGCGCCCAGCUCUUUGCGCAGCGAGCCCUUCCCGAGCCGAUCGAGCAGAACAGCAUCUCGACAUAUGCGCUGCCGCUGUCGGCGCAGGGCCGCGACGUGGUCGACCGGGACGGCCGCCGCUUCAAGCUGGCCUCGGUCAACUGGUACGGCGCCAGCGACGAGCUCUUUAUCCCCGGCGGCCUCGACGUCCAGCACCGCUCCGUCAUUGCCCAGACCAUUCGUCGCCUCGGCUUCAAUAGCGUGCGCCUCCCCUACUCGGACGAGAUGGUCAUGGUCAACCCCCACGUCCUGCCGCACCUCGUCACGGCCAAUCCGGAUCUGGUCGGUCUGCGCGCCCUCGACGUGCUCCAGGCCUGCGUCGAUGCCCUCACCGAAGCCGGCGUCGCCGUCAUUGUCAAUAACCACAUCACCACCGCCACCUGGUGCUGUGGCGCCGACCCCUGCGACGCCGGCUGGGCCAAUGACCACCUGGGCCCCCUCUGUCGCGUCACCCAGAGCGAGGAGGACUGGAUCCAGCACUGGGAGUCUGUCAUGGCCCGCUUCGUUGACAACCCCUACGUAAUCGGCGCAGACCUGCGCAACGAAGUCCGCGGCGUCUGGGGGACCAUGCCCUGGGACAAGUGGGCCACGGCGGCCGAGAAGUGUGGAAACCGGCUCCUCAAGAUGAAAAGGGACUGGCUCAUCAUCGUGGGCGGCACCGAGUCGGGCAAUGACCUGCGGGGCGCCGCCGACCGCCCCGUCCAGCUCGACGUGCCCGACCGCGUCGUCUACUCGGCGCACGUGUACGCCUGGUCGGGCUGGGGCAGCUCCGAGGGCCGAUACUCGAAGCGCGGCUACGCGAGCUUUGUCGCCGCCAUGCGCCGCAACUGGGGCUACCUGGUCGAGGACGACCGGGCGCCCGUCUGGGUCGGCGAGUUUGGCGCGCCGCACCACCCCAGCCAGGGCGACGCCAACUACUGGACCAACCUGCUGCGCUACCUCAAGUCCAUUGAUGCCGAUUUCGGCUACUGGGCCGUCAACCCGCGCAAGCCCAAGGAGAAUACCCUCGAGACGUAUUCCUUGGUCGAGGACGACUGGAUUACGCCCAUUCUCGAUUACCGGAUGCGGGACAUGACGGAGCUGAUUGCCGGCAAUGGCAGAGAGGGCGUCGCGGAGUUAUAG